AUGUCAACUUUCACCGCCCUUAACGGGGGUUCACCCAAAACAUCAGAUCCGCCCACUCUGAGUGCCGAAAAGAGCACUACCUCAGACGAACGCGCAAACAGCACGGCCCCAGCUCAGCCUCAGCCCACCCCAGAAGCCUCAUCGAACCAGAGGUCAGCCCAAAUUAGUGAUCGACCAGCAUUUCAAUCGCCAAAUUAUCCCGAUGUUGAUGGCUCUCACAAGCGCAAACGCUCAGACUCGUUGGAGCUACGGAGGGAAUCCCUUGUUCAGGAGCGAACUCCAGAGACGACAGCUCCCACCACGCAGGUCGAUUCCCGUGAGCCAUAUGGAACCCCCCAGCGAGAUUACCGGCAUUAUGGCGACGAGCAGCGGGACAAGGAUGGGUGGUACACUCGGCGCGAUGAUCAGAGCUAUGACUCUCAACAGAACUCAGCUACCACUCCCCAUGGUCAGACGGAGGAGCAGAUUGGGGAUGCGCUGCGAAGAGCUGCUGGUCAGAUGGAUCACGGCGACUACCCCCAAACCAGCCCUGAGAUGGAUGACCGGUCCAUCAAUGUGUAUGGUGGCCAAUACACUCCUGAGCAUAGGCGAGACGGCGUCAUGCAACAUGAUCCCAAGAAGCGGAAGCGAAAUUUUAGCAACCGCACCAAGACGGGUUGUCUGACGUGCCGCAAGCGAAAGAAGAAGUGCGACGAGCAGAAGCCCGAGUGCGGCAACUGUCUUCGUGGUAGUUUUGUGUGUGCUGGAUACCCGCCCCAGAGAGGCCCUGGAUGGCAAAAGCCCGAUAACAAGGCCUCCGCAGUUCCUCUCGAGUCCAAGGACCCGAGCUACGUGCCCCCAGGUGCAUAUGGCAUGCCGCAGCAAAAUCCAUAUGGGACCCAGCCGGUGAAGCGGGAACCCCUGCCACCCUACCGCGGCCAGGCCUUGAGAAUCGACCCGCCACAAGGCCGCCCUUUGGUGACCGACGAUGACCGGCCAACAGCGUCAACAAUCCCGAGCGCGUCUGUUGCCAGCCCCGAUAAUAAACUCUCUGCCCUGCCCUACACUCCUGCGAACGUCUUUCCUACACCAGUCAGCGCCAACACUCAACCACCGCCGUUCGGAGAAAGGAUGACCAAAGAAUACCAGCGAGUGCCUCCGCUGCACGAUCUCACCAGGACGGAACCCGAGACUCCUCAUCCCGGAAACCAGCUCCCCCAGAUCAACAUCCUUCACCCGACGAGAACCAACAGCCCCGCGCCUCCCGCGCAGGCUCCGACGUCCAAUGUUCAGGUUGCAGCGCAGCUGGCGCUUUCCCAUUCGCAGUUCCCCCAGAGGCGGACUCAGAAGGAAGAGAUGUUGUCAGGACGGCAUUACUAUCCCUUUGACAAGGAGCUCUGCUUAGAGCGUGAGCGCUGCGCUGCCGCCUGCUGGAGGUUCAACAACUUGACGACACCUCCAACCAACGGUGUCUCACCCGAAGAGCGCGCCCGCUUGUUCCUCGAGAUAUUGCAGCCCCGCGAUCCUGUUCGAGUAUCGCCCACCGAAGCCUCUCCUGUCACUAACAUGGGCCGUGUGGGCAGACAUGUCGCAGUUGAGACACCCUUUACUUGCGACUACGGUUACAACAUCACUAUCGGCCACCACGUGGUAAUUGGUCGCAACUGCACCAUCAACGAUGUUUGCGAGGUCAAGAUUGGAGAUAAUUGUGUCAUCGGGCCCAACGUCAGCAUCUUUACCGCCACCCUGCCCAUCGACCCUAAGAAGCGCCAGGGUGGACAAGGUCCUCAGCUUGGCAAGGCUAUUACCAUUGAGCAAGACUGUUGGAUUGGCGGAGGCGCUAUUAUUCUCCCCGGAAGGACUAUUGGCAAGGGAAGCACCGUAGGUGCUGGGUAA